AUGGAUCCAACAAACACUACGUUGACACCCAAAGUCUAUGAGUUUUGUGAAUCAUUUGACAGAUCGACGUCCGCCACGGUAAAUGCCACUGGUUUCGACUGGGCACCAGUCUGUAUACAACUGGCUUUGAUGACUAUCGAUGUAUUAGGGAGUCAGUCACCAUUGCUCAUGGUUGCUCUGAGGAAUUUGAAAUAUGUUAAAGUUGUUAGCGAACGAAGGGGUUAUGACGUUCAAAGUUGGCAGGAUUAUGAAAACGUGACACGAUUAUUUGGCUUUCCCGUUGCAUAUUGUAGAGUCACUUAUAAACGCUACCUUGAUAUCAUAAAUUGCUCGAAUAUUCUGUACGAUUACACAGUUGGAGGUUUGGCUGAAAUAACGACAUUUUGUGAGGAAAACGAAGAAUUUGGGAACAGCAGAAUCUGUCGAAGCACCGUUCAGUUUCAGUCGAUGUUGUUCAACAUCACACAGUAUUUUCCGAUCAAUGGGGAGCUUGCUUUCUACAGUUAUUUUUAUCCUGUUGCGGUACUUCUCGUUCUGGUGUCGAACGUCCUCAUGGUGAUGACGUUUCUACGGGGGCGGUUUUUGUCUGCAGCACACCUGCUGUUGGUGGCCGUAGCAUUGAUGGACACGUUGACCGUCGUGCUACCCGUCCCGUAUCUCUUCUACUAUUUGACUCUAGGCAACUACAUCACUUACAUUUCGUACAACCACUGCAUCGCCAUCACAGCUAUCUUAUUGUACGUGGCGCCGAUCUGCCACGGAGUCUCCGUUUGGCUGAAUUGUGGACUGGCCAUACAGCGCUACAUACUUUUGUGGCACAGCAGUUUUACCAGAAGCUCGGUCCUGCGCAGAAAGUUCUGUGUCCUCUUUAUGUUUGCAGUCAUUGUCGUUGUCUCUACAAUCUUUAUCCCGGGACUAAUGACACUAACUAAUUACCCUGUCGUAUAUGCUUAUUCCUCGGACAACGAAGAAAUCCAAACGACCUUGAAAUCGCCAAUAGUGACUGUAAGCACACAGUUCCGUGUUGCACAGAUGUACUGUGCCCGAAGUGUUAUCAUACAGGUGAUUCCGUGCGUCGGGAUGCUGGCAUUAUUUAUAGACCUUGUAUUAAAAUGGAAGGCAGCCGUGAAUGCAAACUGCAAAAUGACGACUAGUGAGAGAGGGUGUGAUGACUUGGAAAGCAUUCAGACUUUUAAUAAGGUAGUCCUAUACAUGCUAGUUGUUUUCUUUCUUGCCGAAAUACCGGUGGCCGUAGUGGCAUUUAUAGUGAGCUGGGAUGCCAUGAACAAUGAACCAGUUGAUGACAAUAUUCUUGUCACAGCCUUUGUAUCAAACAUUAUAAUCUUAUUCACAUCUCCCAUUAACUUACUCAUUUACGUAUACCAAAGUGACUGCUUCAGGCACAACUUGAAACGGCUUCUAUCAUUUCAAUGCUGGUCUCGAAAAAGUAACCAGUCAGGAAACGGCAUCCGGACUCGGACUUUUCCUACUGAGGAGAUACAGUUGUCGGACACUUAA